GCUCAGGAUGAAGCUGCUGGCUAUCGUCGUCACCGUGCUGGCUGCGGCCUCGGUGGGCAGCGCAGGCGGCGGCUACGGCCACCAUAGCGGCUACCAGACUCAGCACUACGGAUACGAGAAGGUGCGCACCAUUGUCAAGCACCACCCGUACCCGGUGGUGAAGCGCGUGCCGUACCCGGUGGUGAAGCACGUGCCCGUCUACAAGCCCGUGUACAAAACGGUGGUGAAACACGUGCCGCAGCCAUACCCGGUGGUGAAGCACGUACCCGUCUACAAGAAGGUGCCCGUGGUGAAGCACGUGCCCGUCAUAAAGCGGGUGCCGGUGAUCAAGCGGGUGCCGGUGGUAAAGCACCACUACCAUGUGAAGAAGGUGCCCGUGCACGUGCCUGUGUACGUUCAGAAGCCCAGUUACGGUUACGGCCACCACUGAGCUGGUCGGCUGUAAGCACCCGCUAAAUGGAAAGUCACGUGGCGACAAGUUGUUGUUUGGCUAACUACAUGCUGAACUGUGUUGAAGGCACGGGCGCUUCUUGUCCGAUGCCUUUUUCUUUCAAAAAUUGGACCUGCAGGUCUCUGGGAGUCAAUCGGUGUUCUUCCAAGGAUUUAAUCCGGUACGAAGGCUUGGAAUUGUCACUGGUAUUGCAUUUAGUUUAUUUUUUUCUUUCUUAGACAUUUUUAAGGCCCAGUACAGUAUUAAGUGUCACUGAAACACAACUUGGGCUUUUUGGUAAUUGCGUGAAUGUUGGAAAGGUCACUUUAUGAGUGAACCAGCGCACGUCUUGCGCCUUCUCUCCACUUUCCGUGCGUCUGCAUGUCUAAUCUCAGGAGACAAGCAUGGUGUGCAUAGCCAGCCAUUUAGACGGUCAACCUGCGAAAGCAGUACAGAGCUUCAAGAACCUCACAUGCUAUAACUUCCCAGUCAUUGUCACCCGUUGUGUAUGGUUACCUCUAUGCCACAGAGUGUCUUCAACUGACUUACGCGUUUGGGAUGUAUGGAAGAAAUACAAGAAUGAUGCUGUGGC